CGCGUCGCCCUCGAGUAGAUCGGGCGUGCCGCGUGCUCCACUUUGAAAUAUUACGGUAAUUUAAGAUUCGCAGCAACUGUCAAGAAAAAGGCUUUGGUAGCCAUGUUGCCCAGUGUCGUGUUAACGUUAUGUCUGCUACUUCUGGUUGCUCCUGGAAAGGCGCAAACUGAAACAGAUGCACCAACGACGUUAACAACUAAAGCUCCAAGUACCACCACGCUACCAUCAAGCACUGUAGUCUGGGUGACGGAACCGUUAAACGAGGGACAGGCUAUCCAGAAGGCUCUGCAGUACCUCCUCCAACAUCGACAACCUGAUUGGGGUUGGGCCAACGACACCCACCAUGUCAUGCUCACUUUACAGUUGGCAAAUAACACUGGAAAGGAAAUAGAACAACAAGGCAUGGAGAUGCAGCUGUCAGCUAAGCAGAUGGAAAUCGAGAUCUUACUUAUGAUGUCCAAGCACCAUGAAUCCCCACCUCCAUUGGGACGUCUUGCUGCCUACACUUUGGCUCUGGGCGCGCUUUGCAAAGACCCUCGGUCGUUCCACGGCAGGGACCUGGUAUCAGCGCUCCUUCAUCGUGAACCACCCCAUGACCUGGAGUUCGCGUAUGCCACCCUCGCUGCCUGCUCCUCCGCAGCUCAUGUCCGCCGUCGCCAUAUUCGUCGAUUACUGGACAUUGCAAAUGCUGCUGCUGAUCAUAGCUUAGACACGAUAUCUAUGGUAAUACUGGCGCUUCGCUGUGUGGUUCAAGACCAUAGACACCGUAGUCUAUUGCACUUCGUCCGUCGCCCCAUGGCCGGUCUUGCUCGUCAGCAACAUCCCGACGGCAGCUUUGGAUCACUCACCACUACAGCUCUCGCUAUUCAAGCCCUCGAAGAUUCAGACAGCGGUCCAGGCGCUCACCAGCAUUGGAGUCUACCGGCAGCCCGGAAGUGGCUCCUGGAGCGUCAGCAAGCAGACGGAGGCUGGGGAGAUGUGGAGAAGACCGCUGCAGCUGUUGCAGCACUGACACCUGCGUCUUUAGCUGCUGUUCGGCCACCGCACUGUAGUGAUAAACUAUUGGACAGCCGCCAUGAACCUUUUGAGAAUGGAGGAGAUGGAAACCUGAAGGUGGCUUAUCAGUCAGGGCACGCCGGCAACGAAUCUGACGCUCGCAACGUCUCUUUCACAUACACGCUGUGGUUAGGCACAAAUGUCACUGAAAAUUACACCCUGUACAUGGUUGCUCCAAGGAACGUAUCAUUCUACCACGUGAUGCAAAUGGCGGCCGAGCAAGACCCGAAAUUCAAGUUCGAGGCCAGCGAAUGGCCAAAUGGUCACUACGUCCACACCCUGGCUGGUCACAAGGAGGAGCCAAUGGGAUAUCACUACUGGCUUCUCUACCGUCUCCCAGAAGUGCCUGACCCAGCCAGCCCACCUGGAAACCAGCUCGUCGCCCCCGUUGGCGUUGACGAUUUGCUGGUUGAAGACGGCGAACAUUAUUUAUUCUGGUAUAAGAAAUUGUAAAAAAAUAAAGUUUCCCAAAUCGAAGUGAUACCUUGUAGCAUUAGUAAAUAGCGUAUAACUCGUAAUAACAUUCUUCCAAACAUAUUUAGAUAUACCAAAGAAUGUUAAUUUUACUCAAUUUCCUGUAGUCAUAGUAUAGUACAUAAUAUUUUAUUUACUUAAUACAAAUAGAGCCCAAGUACGCCGUGAGUUGGAUAACUUCGUAUCUAUACCAAUUAUGAAGGUUUCAAUAUAACGCUUAUAUUGAAAGUUUAAAAAAAAUUGCUACUAGUGUUUUUCAUUGAUUUUCAAAAUACCAAAUAAAUAAUUUUAAAACAUGAUGCUACAUUAUUUUUUUUGAGCGAAUGUUGUUGCUUGUCUAUUAUUUGUCAGAUUAAUAAAUACUGAUGAACUAAUAAUCAUCCUAUAAUCAAACCCAGAUAUAUUGUCAUAUACCUGAACCACAAAUUUGAAAUACCUAUUUCUGUGUACCUACACAGGUAAACAGCACAGUAAACAGUAAUUUACAGUUAUGAUUUGGCCUCGGAAGUGAACAAAAAAAAACUUAAAAACAAUUACAUUAAAAAUCUGUUAUUGAUGUGAUGUUAAUGCGAGUUUUGCAGAAAUAAUUAGAGUCAACACCACAGGUUUGACAAUUGACACCUGUCCAACUUAAUGUAGAGUUGUGCAAGGCAGACCGUGACGGCUACAUUAAAAACUUCUUGAAUAUAUUAUUUUUACAUUCCAUAGUGUUUAGUUGUCUCUAUCUAGAACAUAUGGAAAACAUAGACAUAAGUUUAAAAAAUUAGUAAACCUCUCUGAUCAUAUCAACGUUCAAUAGUUGUUGAAUUGUUACAUGUUGUUACUGGUAGGGAUGUUUUUCACUUUGAAAUAGCAUGUAGAACACAUAAUAUAUGAACAAAUUAGUUGCCCCUAUUAAAAAUUAUUGUUCUAUCGCCCUUAUAAAAGACGUAAUAAAAAUAAUACGCACAUGUACUCUUGAAUCUCUGGUGAUAUAAAAGCAACCCUACUCUCUUAAAUCUAGGCCGAUUUCAAUAAUUAGUAACGAGUUUAACACCAAAGAGAAUUUUGCCAUACAAUAUGUAAUUUGUUUUGACUCGUCACUCAUUUCUUGCUGUAUAGUGGACGUAUAGAAUUUAUAGUUUUAUCAGUAUGUAGCUACAAUUUAGAAUAUUCAUUUAUAUUAAACUAUGUAAUCUUUGCUUCUAUAAGUUAAUUUUAAGUCCUAAUUUUAUAAUCAUUUUAGGAGACUGAAUCCCUUCAUGUUAACAUUAGUGUAACAUUUUUAUUGUA